AUGUCCAAAUAUGGCAGUCGCGAUCAGUCGCCGGCGACGCGUGCCGGUGCUGAGUUUCUUGGGACUCGAGCCUGUACCAGGUCCCACGGUCACGAGUCAAACCGUGCGAAACCGUCCAACCCACGCGUGGCGGAACAUAUCCUCACGGUCGGCGCCGGGACACACUCCCGUCCCCAUGUCUCGGCCCAGGCGCACUUCGCACUCGCCCUUUGCGGAAGAUGGAUCCUUGGCUUUAAGGACAAAGAUCCGCGACGGAGGCAGAAUUCCGCCGAAGAGCAUGCACUGCGGACACUGGUCCAGGUGAUGAAUGUAGUGCGGAAUCAUGUCGGCAUGGACGAAGGUCGGCAUUACGACUACAUGGAUGAAGACUGGCAAGUAUCGGGCUUCAUCGGUAUAGAAGGGUGGCAGGACGGUUAUGUAAUCAGUGGGCUACAGGAGAAGUACGGUAUCGCCAAGUGUGUGAAGGAGUAA